AUGAGCCUGCCAAAGCGAAAAGCACUCAGCACAAAGAGCAUGAUUACAAGGCACCACAGCAACCUUCUUCGCAAAUCCUUCAAGGCAAACCGGACAGCGAGACCUACAGCCCUCGUCACUUUUAUGCGAAGUCGUCUUCCUCAAGGCACGAGGCUGGAACUCUGGUGGCGAGGAACUGAGGGGACCAAAUUUGUGGGUAAACUCAUGUUUGUGAGUAUUCUCCUGCUGUACACUUUUCGAAGACGCAGAGUCAAAGGAACGUUGAGAGGUAAAUGUUGGCCGUGGAGUUACAAGUUGAGUAGGCGUGAAAAGAGGAGCCCGUUGAAGGAAAGGAGGACUUUGUAAUUGCGGACUAUGUUUGACCGUUCCACUACUCGAGGAGCUAACUUGACGAUCCUGAAGAUGCGGAUACGUAUACAACGGAUCCGCAAGGUUGAGUCUGCGCUGCAACCGCGCUUGCAAAGUAGAAAACGAAGGCUUCUCAUUUGUUGUGGUGCAACUUCCCGAACUGGUGUUACUCGAUCGCAUAGUGCCGAACUUGAAGAUGGGACGGGGACGAGAUGGGGAUUGCUCAACUUCGACUUCGGUGAAGGACUUGCCGAAACUGCAUCGUCGACGACGGGAAGCGAAGGUGUGUCGUUGGUGGUUGAGAAGCUUGGUUGGCACUGUGGCUGCUCCGAAGCUGGGGAACUGUUGCAAUCGAGAGCGAAGGCCGUGGAAUUUGGAGACUUCCUGAUCUCGUGCCAUUCCAAAGGAUUGUAG